AUUUGAAUUGUGUUAUGUUGGCAGACUUGAUUCGGCUGUCAUUUGUAACACAAUACCAACUUCACUUUCUUUUUUGAAAUACCUUCAAAUAGUCGGUUACCCAAAAUGACGAUUCGCCCAGCAUACCGACCAAAAAUUGUGAAGAAGCGCACAAAGCGUUUCAUUCGCCAUCAAUCAGACCGAUAUGCUAAAUUGGCACCAAACUGGAGGAAGCCAAAAGGUAUUGACAACCGUGUACGUCGCCGCUUCAAGGGACAGUACUUGAUGCCAAAUAUUGGUUAUGGAUCGAACAAACGUACUCGCCAUAUGCUCCCCACUGGCUUCAAGAAGUUCCGAGUCAACAACGUUCGCGAAUUGGAGGUCUUGAUGAUGCAAAAUCGCAUCUACUGCGCUGAGAUCGCACAUGGAGUUUCGUCGAAGAAGCGCAAGGAAAUUGUAGAACGCGCCAAGCAACUGUCAAUCAGAGUGACAAAUCCAAAUGGUCGCCUGCGAUCACAGGAGAAUGAAUAAACAUGAAAUUGUUCUUUUAUAAGAUGAAA